UUGCUGGCUGGAUGACCAGCCUGCCCCAGCUAACUUGAGCCCAAGGGCUCCUCAGGCACUGUGUUCCUGUCCACAUCCCCGGGGUGUGGCAUGUCACAGAGGGAGACCAGAGGGGCACCAGCCAUGCCUGGAGUAGGGCAGAGCCCGGUGAAGGCCAGGCCGAGGUUGCUAGCAGGCAGUGACAGGAGGAGGAGCCGCCUGAGCAGGACAAGUCACCAUUUGUGGGAAGAGACCAGCUGGAGCAACCAAAGGUGGAGCAGAGCUGCCCCUGGACUGAGAGGGGUCAGGGCCAGGAGCCUGGCUGGAGGCAGGAGUGAGACCAGUCCUGAGAACGCAGCGCGGGAGCGGAGCCGGGUGAGGACGCUGCGCCAUGCCUUCCUGGCCCUGCAGGCUGCUCUGCCUGCCGUGCCCCCCGACACCAAGCUCUCUAAGUUGGAUGUGCUGUUGCUGGCUACCAGCUACAUAGCCCACCUCACCCGCACACUUGGCCAUGAGUUGCCUGGCCCUGCCUGGCCACCCUUCCUGCGUGGACUCUGUUACCUGCACCCUCUCAAGAAGUGGCCGAUGCGAUCUCGUCUCUACGCCGGAGGCUUGGGGUACUCUGGCCUUGACUCCACCACAGCCACCACCUCAGGCCAAAGAUCAAAGGAGGCAGAGGCCGGGCCCCAAGUCUCAGGAGAAGCAGAGGCUCUCCUUCCUACCAGGCCACUCUCACCAGCUCUUGGUGACAAAUGAUGAUCACACUUGCCCUUUUCUCCUAGACUAGGACUCAAGCUUAGGGACCUGGAUUCUCUACCAGGCCCUGCAUGUCUUCACUCUCUUACCCAUCAAAUCUGACUCAGCUCCCAGGUUCCAGCCCACAGACCAGGUAAAACCGCGGGCAUCUCUGUGAUGAGAGUACUUAGCAGCAGGGAGCAAAUCCUCCUCUCAGCACCGAGGGGGUGACUUCCCUGUGACAGCUUCAAGGGAAAGGGGCAAGGAAGGGGUUUGAUUGGGUUGGAGGUUGAGUUAGGGCACCACCCCUUGCUUUCUCCUACUCAAUUUCCCACAGACCCUCUGGAAAUUGCUAGAAGACAGACACUGCUGCACAGGUGCAGAGGUAGGCGCCUAAGGUGGCAGCAGCCACAGGUGCUGAUGGGACAGCCAAAGGCCAGACAGGCUCUUGGAAGUUAUGAGUGUGAACAGAGCUGGGCCGGGGUUACCUAGCAAGAGGAAAAACUGAAGAAGGGAACAUGUUUUGUUCUGACCCCAUACAACGCUUACCGGGCAUCAAAGAGGCAGGAAGGAUUGUAGGGGGCUUGUCUGUGCAUUAGGGUCUCUCCAGCUGCCCCUCAUCGCUGCAUUUUCUGGGCUCCGCACCCUUCCAGACUUUUUUUAAUGUGAGUUAGUUACAGGUUAAGCCAUACAGCUUACAUUGCUUACAUUCCAGUUUCCAGAGGCGCUUUUAGAUGGUUGCAGCUGCCUAGUUUGCAAAGAUCUUACCCAGAGGCAGCUCUAUCUUAACUGAACCAGGCAGCACCGUAAAGCCUUUGCAUAUGAAGAAUAUGAAGAAUAUUGACAGACUCGAUUACAUCCUUGAAUGACCUUCAAUGGAGAACGGGUAUCUUUUCCAGGGGAUAAUUCGUCUUUUGUUUCCAUCAUGUUAGAAACCUAACCUCCAGGAAAAACAAAGCCUGGGGUCAGUGGGUUCCUUGUAUGACUUUGGCUUAAGUCCUCACUGGCUCUGGAGUUAUUUCUAUAAUCUGUCUACAGAUGUGCUUCCUGGGGCCAGCUCCUCCCCACAGACACUGCCCUCCCAGGCUCUCCUUAAGCCACGGGGUGCCACACAUCUGAUAGGGUUUUAGUGGAAUUUCUCUCUGGCCCUGAAGAAAUCAUUUGAGGACUAAUCACAGAGUCUACACAUACUGGAAGUAACUUUCCAGAUCUGGUAUAACUUCCAACCAGGCAACUGAAGUCCAGACAGAAAAGGAAUCAGCUUUUUGUUAAACUUCAGGGCCUCAGAGAGGGAGGGGAUGGUCCAGGCUGCCUAGAGUCCCAACAGGGGUAGCCUUCGCCAGAGCUACCAUUGCCAUCACGAGCAUAACUGAGGUUUUGGGCAGGCUGGGAGUGGCCAGGGGUAGGGUUCUGGCAUGAUGGGGUGCUGUUCCUCCAUAGGGCUGGCCAGCACAGCAGGGGAAAGAGGGCUGAGGGGGUGACUCAGCGAGCUGAGGUGGAGUCAGAAAAGGAGACACAGAAUGUCCCAGCCGUGGGUGCAUGGGAUGGGGGAGAGCAGCUGGACUGUGGCUGGGAGCCACGGGGAGAAGGCCUCGGCCAAGGCUGAACUCGUAAAUCUACCGAGUCUCGGCCUAGAGAGCUUGUGCAGAGCUGCUUCUGGGCAGCUGCGCGGGGCCAGGAGGGGCAGAGACCAGGUGUGGGUGGGCACGAGCACCGUGCUCUUCAGGACCAUAAAAGUCCAGCUCGAGUGUUCUAUUUUGAAGCCAAAGAGCAGGGUCUUCCUGGUUGAGUUCUAGGAUGAUAAGAAGAGGACCAGGGGGAUUUCCUCCAGAGCUCGUGGCACACAAUCUUUUUCUGAGGAUGAAACUGGGAAAGCUGGCUUUGGGUGUGCAUGGGGGGGUUCCCCCAGAACAUGGGGCUUUUCCGGAUAACUGGGAGACUGGUUUGGGGCUCGCCCCACCCUGCCCUGCUCAGACUCAUGCCCUCAAAGGUGACCACAUCGCCCGAGUAGAGAAGACAAGGAGGGCAAAAGAAGGAUGAAGCGGGUGGAGGGCUGAGGAAGGGCAAGUGCGAUCAUCACAGGUUUCUAAAGCUGCCUCAGGCUCUUUCCAGGCAGAGCUGUCUUCCUUAAGGCCCGGACAGGACCGUGGGGUCCAAAGGCUGUCUCCUCCAGCCGGACAGCACCCAGCACAGUCAGACCAGGGAACAAACGGGCUGUGAGGGGGUGGGUGGAACCAAGGGAUGAGCAGGAGUAACCAGAGGAAAUAACAGUUUGGAGAUUUAGAUCCACAAACGAACCAGAACCAUCAGUAACCCCCUUUGCCUCUGCAGCAGCGAAAGAAAAACACCUUCUCACUGGGAGAUGUUUUAUUCCCACCAGGGCUGGAAGCAGCGGGUGAACAAGAGCAGGGGGUGAACAAGUCUCAGUUGGAGGCAGCUGAGACUCAGGUCCAAAGACAGCUUUUAUUCCCUGGGAACGAGGCUAUGUGGGAAAGAGAGCACAGUUGACAAAGUGACACUAAAGUGAUCUGGCUCAGGAGUCAGAGGGAUGGCUGGCCCACUUGGUUAUCUUGUACCGCCUGCCCCAUACCCAGUGCCCAUGACUCGAGGUGAGGGUGGAGGCCUUGAUGAUGACAGCUUCCCCAGAGUGGGAUGUGCUGUGCUUUCUGAUGAGUUGCAGGAUUAAGGGCAGAGGCUUAGAUGGACUGUGGCAGAGGAAGAGCUGGCCAAGGGUUAUCUAAGUAUUAAGGGAGAGGCUGCAGACCUCACCAAAUUGGGAACUAGAAUAAUUAGAAAUAGAAAAUAUAGUCUUUUCUGAGAAAUUCUUUUUCUCUUCCUCUGGAAGGAGCCUGGCCAGGAUGAGUCAGAUGGCACUGUCCUUUCCCUUUUGUGGCACAAACCCUAAACCCAGGGCCCCUGAAAGUUUAGAUUCUAGAUCAAGAGUUGGCAAACUAUGGCCAAGGGGCCAAAUUCAGCCCCUCCAACCUGUUUUUGUAAAUAAGUUUUUAUUGGAAUACAGUCACACCCAUUUGUUUAUUACCUAUGGCUGCUUCCUGAUACCAUGGUAGAAUUAAAUAGCUGUGAAAGACUGCAAAGCCCCAAAUAUUUACACUGUUCCUAUGAAGGAAUUCUGGCCAUUUACAGAAAAAGUUUGCUGACCCCUGCUCUAGAUCAGAGAUACCCAAAGUGUGGGCUGGGAACUCUGGGGGGUGUCACUGAGACCCUUCCAGUUCUCUAAGUGACCAAAACAUAAUACAAGAUGCUAUUUGCCUUUUUUCACUCUUAUUUUCUCACAAGUGUAAUGGAAUUUUCCGGAAGCCAUAAGACAUGUGAUAUUGCAACAACAGAUAGGAUGUAGAAGCAGAUAGGAGAAUCCAGCUGUCUGGUACAAUAGACA